CAUGGGCGGAGGAGCAGGAGGAGGGGGAGAGGGAGAGGGGUGCGGGUGCGGCGGCUGGGGCGAUGGAGGAGGAGUGGGAGGAGGAGGAGGGCAUGGAAGGGGCGGAGAUGGAGGAGGGAGAAGAUGAGGAGAUGGAUGAGGGAGAAGAUGAGGAGAUGGAGGAGGAGAUGGAGGAGGAGAUGGAGUUGGAGGAGGACUGGGAGGAUGGGAGGAGGAGGGGGCCGAUGACGGGGGCGGCUUUGCGGAGAUUGAAGCCCUGAUAGGUGUGGGCUGUGAAGAGGAGGGCGAGGGGGAGGACGACGACUGGGCCGCAGCAGCGCUGGUGGGGGCUGAGGAGGCGAUGCAGCAGGCGGCGCCGUCCAAGCAGUCAACGCCUGGGGGAGGAUCGGGGGAAGCAGCGGAAGAAGCCGGUGAGGGCGCGCCUAAACGCAAGCGCGGCCGGCCACGCAAGGACUCCCAAGAAGGAGAAGCCGGCGAUGGCGCGCCGAAGCGCAAGGGCGGCCGGCCACACAAGGACUCCAAGCAAGGAGAAGCCGGCGAUGGCGCGCCGAAGCGCAAGCGAGGCCGGCCACACAAGGACUCCAAGCAAGGAGAAGCCGGCGAUGGCGCGCCGAAGCACAAGCGAGGCCGGCCACACAAGGACUCCAAGCAAGGAGAAGCCGGCGAGGGGGCGCCGAAGCACAAGCGAGGCCGGCCACGCAAGGACUCCAAGCAAGGAGAAGGCGGCGAGGGCGCGCCGAAGCGCAAGGGCGGCCGGCCACGCAAGGGGCUUCAGGGGGCCGCAGGCGAGGAGCCUGAGCUUCACAUUGGCAGUGACGGUGGUGGUGGUGGCUGCAGUGAGGAGGAGACGGACGGCAGUGGCCAGUGGAGCGAGCACAGCAGCUCGGACCCGGGGUUCUCGGAGGAGCGGUUUGGGCCUGGUGGGGGACAUGCAGCCAGCAUGGGCGGCGCGGGAGAAGAGGCAUCGGGAGGGGCUGCGAGCCGGCGGGUCAGCGGGCGCACCGCUGCGGCGCAGGCGGCUGCGCGGAUCAGUGCGGUGGAGGCCUGGGCUGGGAAGUCGGUGGAGGAGUUGGAGAGGGAGAUCGAGGCGGCGGCGAGGGAGGAGGAGGCGGCGAAGGAGGCGCGGAAGGCGGCGCGGCGGGAGGCGAGGGAGCUGCGGAGGCAGCAGGAGCAGGAGCGGGCGCGGCUGCUGGGAGAGGG